AUGAAAUUUAUUACUAUCGCUCUUCUCGCUUUGAUUGCAGUAUCUGUUAAUGCUGAUUAUGAAGAUUGUAUCAAAUAAUUAACCUAUCCUUGUGGUGCAAAUCCUGAACCCGCUUGUGCCGCAGCUUUAAAGUAUUUUUAGUCCUGCCUUGUUUCUAACUCUUGUUACUAAAAAGAAAAAAACCUUUCUGACUUUAGCAAAUGUGUUAAAAGUUGUUCCCCAAACUCAGAAACCGAAGUCUAAAACUUUGUUUAAGAUUAUGCUGACUGCUUAAAUGGAAGCAUUAUUGCCUACAGUUUCGUCUUCUUAGCUAUUUUUGCUUUUAUGUUCUGA